AUGCCUAUAAGCCUAAAUACCAACACUAGCAAAUUUUCAACCACCGCAACCACUUCCACCUCUGAAACAGAUACCGAAAAGCACUCGAGCUUUUCAAAAAAUAUUUCCACUGAACAUGAAUCUCAAAUAGAAACAUCAAUAGAUUCGUCUAUUCCAUGGUAUAUGCGCAACAACAAUGAAGAUCUUGAUCAACUUAACUCAGCUUUGAAAGAACCUAUUCCUGAGCUUCCUCAUGAAUCUCCAGAGUCACUUGGUUUACUAGUUGAAUUUCUUGUACGAGAUUUAGGCCUUACCGACAUUAAGUUUAUUGACUUAAGAGACCGUGAUCCUGUUACUGUUUUUGGCCCGGAUGCAAUCAUGAUUCUUGCAACAGGAAUGAAUGAUAGACAUAUAGGCAAGGCUACUCAAAGUCUUCUUACCUGGAUUAAGCAAAAUCAUGGAAUAGUUCCUCACAAGGAGGGGAUAUACACUGCCGGAUACAUUAAAGUUCAAAAGCGGCGUCAAAAGAAACGGUCAAAAAAGUUUGCUAUGGCAGACGAGACAUAUGAAAAUUUGAACAGCAGGCUUUCCACCAAUUGGAUGACAAUGGAUACCAAGGUUGACGAUAUUUUUAUUCAUGUUUUUACCGAAGAUAAACGCAGGUCUGUUGAUCUUGAAUACGUUUGGGCGAAAAAUAAAAAAGAACUUCGUGCUCAACGUGCAUUGCUGAAGGAAGAACAAACUCGAAAUACUCAAGAUCAUUAUGAAAACUCAUAUGCUAACAUUUCCGAACCUAAUCAGACAGAAAAUGAACCUUUGCAAAGAAAAUCUUUUUCAAACGAAUCGUCAAUAUCACCCUUUGGAUCAAAUAGUGGGUCUAUUCGAAAAUUUCACACAUUCAGAUCAGGAAAUUUAUUUGCUGCACCUCCGUCAAACCCGUCAUCUACAUCUCUUUCGGAUUUAUUUAAAAAUAUUGUUUCGCAAUCAAAUCACUCAAAUGAAUCAACUCAAUCAAGCAACAGACCUCACCCAACUGAUUAUAAGGGAUCAGAAGAGAAUACCCCCAUUCAUCAACUGCAGCUUUAUUCAUUUUUAGGAAACUACAAAAAAGCCAAUGAAAUUUAUCGCACUUCAUUUUCACAUAAAGACCUUUCUCAAGAUUUUGAUAUUCUUCAAAAUAGAUUGAAUGAAUCAUCAGAGCACAAAGUUCGACGACACAAUAGUAAUGAAGCUAUUUUACUUUUGUUAAAAUCGCAUAUCAAUUUUCUCUCUAAGCUUAAACCAUCAUCUCCACACAAAUCCUCGAACGAUUCACAACAUUUAGAAGAGAUUUUGAAUGGUAUUGGAGGUAACAUUGACCAAAACAAGAUUCAUUUCAAUCAUGGAAAAGUCACAUUGACUAAGAACAGCGAUGUUGUUAAUUCGUUUAUCAGCUGUUUCCCUUAUUAUACUACUAGAGACCAUUGGAAGUUACGACUCAUUUUUUUUCAACGUGCUCAUAUGAUUAAUCCAACAGAAUUUCCUAUUGAUAUGCUUGUUGACAUUGCAAUCUUACAACAAGCGUCGUGUGAACCAGUUGAUAACUGGGAUAUUGAAUUCAUUAUCAAUUCUAUUAUUCAUACUAAGCAAUUUGAUAAACUUCCUUUUAUGAAAUCUUCCCAAGAAAAGUCUAAAAGAGUUUUCUCACUUUUAUGUGACACGGUUCGUCCUUUAUUGCCCGGCAGCAGAUCAUCUUCUAAUGUUCCUUCUGUUAACGAUUCAAUGAUUAUGCUACUUUAUCGUCUAUGGACUAACGAUAAAAAUAAUGAUAGAAAAAUUACCAUUACACCUUCUUCAUCGCGUUUAGAUCCAUCACCAUUUUUAGACAAUGAAGGCGAAAUAGUACCUAUAUCGGACCAGAAAAAUGAGAACCCUCUUGCUCGAGUUACUACUCCAAUAUCUCUAUCAUUAUAUCGUUAUUUAAUGGGUGAAAUUGAUAUCACCGAUAAUAUCACCCUUGUGACCGCUGAUCAAGCUUCGCGCAUUAGAUCAUUUUUAAUUUUAUCACUUACAGCUUUUGCCAAUGAUGGAUAUUGGUCUCUUUACUGGUCUCUUUGUGCUAAAAUAUUCAAGUCAUAUUACAUUGACCCAGAAAUGCUUCAUAUAAUAUCAGCACUUGUUACUAAAAGCGGUGACCAAAAAGCUAUGGAUUUCCUUCUUUCUCGAUAUAUCCCUAAACUUUUCAUGCAUAAUUCCAGCUAUAUCACACCUGAAAUAACAGAGAUCAUUAAAAGCGGUUUAACAGUUUUGGAUCCUAAUGGCCAGAAAUACAUCACACUUCGUAAAUACAUCACACCCCGCACCUAG